UUAUUGUUUAGGGAGUGGUAACCUGGAGAACAGAGAGAGCCUGUCGGCUUCAGUUUUCAGGUCUAAGCCAAGCCGAGUACAAGAUCCAGGUUAUAUAUAUAUAGAUCAAUAGUUUGUACUUGAAAAUUACUGCAAUAGUGGUCGAAAGUUGUACUCAUUUUAAUAUAAAAAAUUUCCAACUAUUCACUGUAAGCUGUCAACGAAUUUGAAUAUUAAUAUUCCAAAGGAAAAUACUCAUAUUUGUAGACCAUAUUCUGUGAUAAGAAAAGAGAACAGGAAUGCAAAAUGUCUGCUAACACUUCUCUGUUGGAUUUAUAUUUGGAUGCCACCAUAAUUGCUAACCCAGUGGAGAGAUCAACAGUGAUCCAGAAUAUUGUCAAUGUGUUGAAAGAGUAUUCGUUGGACAAAAAGUAUGAAAUAAAAAUGAGUGAUGGAGUAUUAUUACUUCUAACAGUUGAGAAUGGAAGCUUGUCAGCAGUUUUAAGAACACACCUGAAUGGGCUUAUUACUUUAACCCUGGAAGAGGGUUCAUCAUCAUCCUUUCUAACAAAUAUUUGUUCUUCUAAUGAAAAGGUAUUACAGGGAGUGGAAGAGCUUAGAAAAAGAUUGAACAAAGCAGUUCAGAAGAGAGUAGACAGAAUUCCUAUUUUAAAAAGAGGAUUAGAAGUUCCCAAUUACUUCUCAUCAUCUGACGAGCGUAUUUUUGAGUAUGAUUUUGAUAAACUGGUGUUCCAAGCUGACUCUCCUUUCCAGAAUGUGAAGAUUCUGCAUUCUCCAACAUUUGGAAAUACCUUAUUUCUAGAUGAUUUGCAAAAUCUUGCAGAGAGUGACUUGAGUUAUACACAUGGACUUAUGAAAUAUGGAGAGCUGUCAUACAAAGACCAGGAGAUUUUAAUUCUUGGUGGUGGUGAUGGUGGCCUUCUUCAUGAACUACUGAAAGAAAAGCCAAAAUUUAUCACUAUGGUUGAUAUUGACCAGCUGGUGGUAGAUGCUUGCCGAGAACAUCUUCGAGGUGCUUGUUUUGAUUCCUUGGAUAAGUUAAAGGGUGACAACUAUGAGGUAAUCAUUGGUGAUUGUGUGAAGAAAAUGGAUGAAUAUAUGAAAGAAGGAAAAAUGUUUGACUUUGUGUUCAGUGAUUUAACUGAUAUACCCAUAGCAACAGAACCAGAGGGAGAGUUAUGGAAGUUUGUAAAGAAAAUUGUGACAAUGGCUCUUCAAGUGCUAAAGCCAAGAGGACGAUUCCUUAGCCAUGCUACAGGGAUUGGUUGUGUUGAUGCUCUACAGGAAUAUGAAAAGAUGCUUCGUAAACUUCCAACUAAAGUUGAAUUCAGAAGCCAUUCAGCUUUUGUGAAGUCGUUUUUGGAAAAAUGGGUAUUCUAUGAGAUUUGGGAGAUCUAAUGAGCCUUCAGACUUCCUCCAACCCAACUAGUCAUUGAUUUUUUUUUAACCUGUAUCAAACGUUUCCAUUUUGCUAGUUUAGUUUUAGAAUGCUUACAUUUUUGAAAUAUGAUUCAUUUCAGUAAUUGCUGAUUAACUGUAAUCAGAGAUAACUCAUGACCUUUGACCUGUUUGUGCUUUCUUCAAAUGUUUUAUCACCUUAUUUUCUGUAAAAUUGUUUUUUGUUUUUUUUCUAAAGGAACAGAAAAUUAAAUUGUAAAGGAAAGAAAAUAAACUAAACUUAUGGAAUAAGAUAUUGGUACAGAGACUUGGAAACUUGUUUCAGCACUUUCAUAUGAGGACACAUGAUAAUGUUGAAACCAGUUUAUUAGUUUUUGUGCUAAUAUUUUAUUCCAAAUGUGCUGUUUAAUUUUUCAUUAAUUUAGCUAAAAUACACAGUAUUGUGUAGUUAACACUAUUAUAUAGGAUUUUGGGGAGUGGGAUUGAUUGACAUUUUGUAUUAUGUUUUGUGAAUAAAGAUGUGUAUUUUUAUUCUGUGUAUUUAACUACAAGCUUGGGUGUUGUUUAGUUAUCAAGCUCUUGUUUUUGUUACAUUCUAUAUUAAUAAAAUAACUUUUUUUUCCUUAAAGUUUGUUUUGAUGAGAAUUAAAUUAAUUGUAUUAUUUUACUGCUUUCUAGGAUUGUUGAAAUCUAGUAUUAUUUUGAUUUUGAUGUGCUGCUGGUUUUCUGCUACUAUCUUGUAAGAUAAAUGAUUUGGUUUAUUUAUGACCUAGUUCCUUAAUAACUUCAUGGUGUAAGCUACAUUUAUACUGCAUGCUUUUGUAUUUUGCCUUCAGAGAUAAAUUGCUACAGAAGUUUAAUGGCUAAGGUUUUGUUGAGGCAGCUUGAAAGAUUUUGAUACUUUUUUGUUGUUUGUAAAACUGGUGUAAUAUGUAUACGCUCAAAUUAUUGUUCAUUAAUUUCUUACAAAUUUUCAACUAUGUUCUUAGAUUACAUUAUAUUUAUUUUAAUUUUUACUGGAAUUUGUUAAGUUUCAUUCAGUAUGUCAUUAACAUUGUCAACAUUAUAUUCUUCAAUAACUUUGAAAUAUGUGUAUUAACAAAGAUGUUUUCAAACACAAAUAUUUUUUCCUAUGUUAGGUGCUCAAAGAUGAAACCUUGAUUCUGUAACACAGCUAAGCAUAUUUUCCUCAGUUUUUCAUUGUCUUGAAUGGUGAGAAGUUAUGUUAAUAUUAAGACAAUUCCAAGACUUCUCUCCAUGAAAGAAAUAGAUGAAUUCACCUAUUUCUUUCAUAGAAAAAAGGUCUAGAUUUCCUGUAAUAUUAAAAUACUUCUGUGUAAAGAAAGCUUGAAAGCUGUUUAUUGUGAAAUUACAUCUAAGAGAUACAAUAUAACUUAGAGGAUGCAAAGAAAAUUUUUCUAGAAUUUUUUAUAGUACAUUUUCAUAAUGAGUUAAUUAGAAAACUGAUGAGAAGUUAAACUAGAAACAGUUCUGUUUAUGUAAGCAGGAAACUUACAACAGGUUUAACUAGAAACCAUAAUUUAAAUUAAAUAUGUAUUCAGCAAGAUGGUUAUUGAAACUUUUUCUGUUGGUUUAUAAUUGGUUCAGAAUAACAACAGUGUUAAUCAGGGAAGUGCAGAACAAGGCUAAAUGUUUCUCAGCCACAGGAUGGAUAUCAGCAAGUUGAAUAUUCACAUAGUUUUGAAAAAACACACUUCAUUGCUUCCAAGUUUUCAUAAUUUUUCUAUUGCCAAAUUUAAAUAAGUUUGUGAAAGAUAAUAUUUACAGUAAAUAUAUUCAGUAAAUUUUUAUUUUAUUUUAGACUUUUCAUUAACAUUUUAAUCAUUAAUUAGUUAUAAUUAUACUUAGUGCUAAUUUUAAAAGUUGGGAAACCAGAAAAGUGCUGAGAUGAUUAGCAGCCAGGAAAAAUGUUAAAUGGUUACUAGUAAAAAUUGUUAAAGGUCAGAAUAACUAGUCAUUUCAGACACAUUUGUAGUCAUUAUCUUUGCUCAUAGAAUUAUGGUUUUUGAACAUAGAUCUUUUAUUUCCCAUUUACACUAUGAUAAACUGUAGAGCCUGAAUAAGACAGUAUAUUUCUACUUUGUUUUCCCUUUUGUCAUUUGCAUGAAUAAUUCUAAGUGUUAGAGGGAGAAUUAACUUUUAGAUCUGGGUGUUGUACAUUAAAUCACUCUAUGAUUUAUCGUUUUUGCUCAAAAUUUAAUGUGCUAAUAAGUUAAUACGUUCAAGUUUAGGUAAGAAUGUACUUUUUUUUCUGUAAACAAUGAAAAGCAAUAUUGCAUGUGUAGAAAAAAAAAAUCUCUCCAGUUAAAGUACUAUUUCGUCUUAUUUGUAUAAAAAUAGUUGAUAAUAAAUAUUAAUUACUUAAAGGUAAACAUUUGUGAGUAAAGUGUAUAAUGUUUUAUUAAUAUGCAACUUAAAAAGUUACCAAAGAAUAAGACUCCUUGAAAUCUGUAUCAGGUACUGUGUAUCUGAGCAAACAGUGCUAGCUUGCCAUUACUUUAUUAGUUUUACAAAUGUUAUUACUGUAUUUUCAUUUAACAGUUAUGAAAAAUAAAUGAUUGAAUACUUAA